CUGUUUGCGCUGUGUGCUCGACCUGACCGCCGCGCCGCCUGCAGGAAGCAUCGCCGCGCAAAACUGAAUCAAUCCGCACCAACACCAUGGGCGAGGUGGUCAUCUCCGGCAUCGGGAGCGCCUUCUCGGAGAGCGGCAACGUCCAAGACUUCGGGCGCGACCUCCUCGCCAACAAGCACCUCGUGCAGACGACGAAGCGCUGGAAAGAUGACGUCUUUACGCCUGUCUGCGGCCAUAUCCCUCACGAGUACUUCGACGAUCUGUUCUUCGGGAUCAACCGCAAGCUGGCCACGAUGACGGACCCGUCGUCCAAGAUCGGCUACAUGCGCAGUUUCGAGGCCAUCCUAGACGCCGGUUUCCACCCGGCGGCCCUGAGCGGCUCCAACACGGGCGUGUUCGCGUGCUCCGGCAUCAAUGAGUUCGAACAGAAGGUCAUUUACUCCUCCGAACUCAGUCUUAAAGACGGCUACGCUGUCAUGGGAUUGUCUCGCACCAUGCAACCCAAUCGUAUCUCGUACUACUUUAACUUCAACGGGCCCAGCUGCGCCAUCGACGGCUCCUGGGUUGGCGGAAUCGAAGGGCUGAAGCAAGCCGCUGAAGCCAUCCAGCAGGGGCGGUGCGAAGCCGCGCUCGUCGUGGCCGGGAGCAUCAGCCGGUACGGCGAGACUUCGCUGCUGCUGAAGAGGCUGGGGCUCGCGACCGACCAGGGCGCCACCAGGAGCUUCGACGCGAACGGAACCGGGGCGGUGCGCAGUGACGGGGCCGUCGCCUUGUUCCUGCAGCGUGCCGACCUGGCCAAGCGGUGCUACGCCAGGGUGCUGGCUACCGAGGUCGAGUUCUUAUGGCCGCGUUGCGACCUGGACCUGACACUGCCCAGCCCGAAGGGCUCCCGGGACUUCCUGCAGCGGAUGUACAGGAAGCACGGCAUCGACCCCAAGAAGAUCGCCUACCUGGAGGCCGACGGCAACGGCAACCGUAUCCGGGACGCGUGCGAGCUCAACGCCAUCGACCAGGCGCUGGUCCAGGAGGCGGCGCGAGAGAGCCCCCUGCAGAUAGGCUCCGUCAAGAGCAACAUCGGCCCGGUCGACUGCGUCAACGGCCUGGCUGCGAUCUGCAAGGUCGUGGUCGCCAUGGAGACGGGCAUCAUCCCGGCCACGAUCAACUACCAGAAGCCCAACACAGAGGCCACGGGUUUGGUAGCGGGCAGGCUCAAGGUCGUGGACAAGAACACGCCGCUGCAACUGUCCGAGGACAGCGUCCUGGCCGUCAACACCAUGGCACUCUCCAACAUGAUGGGCCACACUGUGCUCGGCGGCAACCCCCGUGGCCCAGGGCGCGUCCAGGACCCCGCCGACCACCUGCCGCGCCUCAUCACCUUCUCGGCCAGGAACGAGGAGGCGGCCUCCAGCGUUGCGAGCAAGAUACAAUCUGCUCCAUUUGACACAAACUACUACCGCUUGCUGCAAGACGUGUACAAAGAAGACAUCAGAGGGUACAUCUACCGGGGCUACGUCAUCUGCCCCUCCACCGGGGAGGCCCCAAUCAUCGCGCCGCUGGAGAAGAAGACGGUGUGGUUCGUGUACUCGGGCAUGGGCAGUCAGUGGGCGGGCAUGGGCUCUGCGCUCAUGAAGCUCCCUGUGUUCGCCGAGACCAUCGAGCGCCUCCACGCCGUGCUGGAGCCGCGCGGGCUGGACCUCAAGGCCAUCCUGACCGACACGGGGCCGACAGCGUUCGACAACAUCCUGAAGUCGUUCGUGGGCAUCACCGCCUGCCAGGUCGCGCUCACCAACGUGCUCACGGCUGUGGGUGUCGUCCCGGACGGCAUUGUGGGUCACUCCGUGGGUGAGCUGGGCUGCGCCUACGCCGACGGCUGCCUCACGGAGGAGCAGGCGAUCCUGGCCGCGUUUGCACGUGGCAAGGCCUCCAACGCGGCCCCGCUCAUCAAGGGCAAGAUGGCCGCCAUCGGACUCGGCUACCAUGAUGUACUACCCCGCCUUCCGCCCACCAUCGACGUAACGUCCUUCGCAUCCGUUGCCCCCAAAGUGUCUGCCCUGUAUCCCGACGUGGACUUCCCUGUACCUCGAGGGACUCAAUCAGUGGCACCCCUUGUGCUCUGGGACCACGAUGAGUCCACAAACAGUGACAUAAUGCACUUAAUGGACAACUGGUCCCAGUCGGGCGGACAUUUGAAUGUCAUGUACCACGCGAAGAUCAUCGGCUCGCGUAUUUUUCCGCUAUCGGAAGAGCUGGUUUUGAUGUAUGAAAGUGCACGCGCAAGAAUCCUAGAUAAGGAUCAAAAUUUCCAGGUGUCAUUUCAGGAUAUCCUCGUGAAAAAGUGGAUGGAUAUCGCUGACACAGACGACCACUUCUUGGAGGCGCACUUCAUGCAGGGUACGACGGAGACGCAGCUCGUGUACAUCGAGAACGACAAGCCCCGGACCGCGUUGCGAGGUCACACCAAGGUCACGGUCUCCGGCACCGAAGAAGAGCCGCCGGCCCUGCCCGCCCUAGAGCUGGAGGACGACGCCAUCGAGCUCGCCUAUGAUGAUGUGUACCAGGAGCUGGGUGCCAGGGGGCUGGAGUACACUGACAAGUACAAGACCAUCAAGUCCCUCCGGAUGGGCCAACGAGACUGGUUGGCCAGCGUCGCGCCCAACGGCUCGCUCUCCGCCGCCAUCGAGGCCGUGCUGCAGGUGUACACCCUCAGGGCCAUCGACGAGAGUCAGGAGUUGCGCCUGCCGAGCAAAAUCCGGCGGCUGGACAUCGACAUCGCCAAGCUAAAGAACAAGACAGAAGUCUCGUUGCGCCUGGAGCUGGCCACCGGCAUCCUGGUGGGGGCGGGCGUGUACGCGAGCGGGGUUACUCUCCAGGAGCCGCUCCCCGAGCUCCGCGUCGAGCCCCUGCCCAGCACACCAGCGCCCGCGAUGCAGGUCCACAAGCCCUGCGCGCUGAGCACCGCGCUGGCCGCGUCCAGCCUGGGCGGCGUGCGACUGCAGUUCUUGGGCGUGACCCCACUGAGCCGCGGCCUCGACGUCGGCCCGCCCCACCUGGACUACGUGGGCGUGCUGCAGCGGGGCGCCGAGGCCGUGCGGGUGAUGGGCGUGGGCCGCUGGCUGCCGGACGACCGGGUGCCACAUCUUGACCCGGUUCUGCGCUGGCCGGUCCCGGCGAGCUGGUCCACUCGGGACGCCGCCACCGUCCCCUUCGUGUACGCGCUCGUGUACCACGCGCUGCAGGUGCAGGCGGGCGCGCGCCGGGGCGAGUCCAUCCUGGUGCACGAGGGCGCCUCCGCCGUCGGCCAGGCCGCCAUCCGGGUGGCGUGCCAGCUGGGCUGCGCCCCGCUCUACACCACAGUGGCCAGCAGCCGGGAGCGCGCCGCGCUGCUCGCCAUGUUCCCCCAGCUGCAGCCCGCCCAGGUGCUGAGCUGCGGCGACGGCGGCUCCUUCGAGCCCCGCCUGCGCCUGCUGACCCGAGGCCGCGGGGUGCGCCUGGUCGUCAACACGCUCGCGGGCUCCGAGUUCCGCGCUUCUCUCCGCUGCAUCGGAUAUUUCGGUCGCCUCGUCAACUUCUCCCGCGAUACCUUCCAGGAAGGGAGCAUAGGUUCACAGAUGUUCCUCCUGGGCAGUGCAGUGUUCGGCUGCUCGGGCAGCGAGCUGUUCCACGCCACCGAGGACACCCGCCUCUUGGUGGUGGAGGCCGUCGCCAAGGGGAUCCGCGACGGUGUGGUGCAGCCCAUCGUGGGGGCCGAGGACUACAACAGACCCCGGAGCAUCGGUGACCUGAUGCGGGGGUCUAAAGCGGUUGUUAAGGUGGACAGCACGGCGCUGGAAGCCGGCCGGGUGUGCGACGCCAACAAGUGCUACAUCGUGGUCGGUUGCCAGGCCGUGGACGCGCUGUUCCUGGCCAGCCGACUCGCCGUGCUGGGCGCGCGCCACAUCCUGGCCGUGGUGGGAUCGUCGCCGAGCUCUCCCCUGGUGCGGCAGCGGCAGAGCGCUCUCCGGCGCCAGUUUGGUGCUGUCCUGCAAGUGCUCCAAGUGCGCGAGUGGACACCAGCUGCGGCCGACGGCGUGGUGAAGACCGCGUCCAGUGUGGCUCCGGUGCACAGCGCCGUCGUGGUCGCCAAGAACGAGAAGGAGCAGAUGGUGGCCGCCCUGGUGAGCGGUGCCCUACAGCCUACUAUGGGUCUUGUGCUGCUCGUGGACCGGGAGUAUCUGGCAGCGCCGCUGACUAUCCUGGCCGAGCAGCGUCAGGCGCUCGGACGGCGCACCAGCUGUCUGGCCGCCACCCUUGCCGAGGCCUCGGACCACCUCGGGGACCUUCUCCACAACUCCUCCAUCAGGGUCCUGCCCUCGGCCAUCGCGGACCUUGGUACGGGCGCGGACAAGGACUUGUCCCUGUCGCUGACGGCGGACGCCCUGGCCACGCUCGGCAGCGACGACAGCCAGCGGGCACGGCGGCCGCGGAUGGUAGAGCUGGCCUCUCUGGGCCCGCCCUCGCACCUCAUGAGGGAGAACAGCAACCUGUUCGUGCUGCCGCCGCUCAGCGUGCUGGACCCAGCCUCCAGG